AUGACGCCAUUCAGAGCGGCCAGAAAGGUAGUCACCUCUGUCACUUCAGUCGGCACAGGCCUCCUCCCGUCCAAGGAACAACUCGGAUCGAUCCCGGUCGCCGGCCGGAUCCUCAAGCACCCCGUGAUGGACUCGACUCUGACAUACAUUGCCUCAAAGACGACCCACCGGGGUGGCAAAGAAGCCGAGAGCAAGCUGAUCUCACCUGAGGAUGCGCCGUACCUGAAGUUGAACCGCAAGCUGAUUGACCAGUCCAUCACCCUCGCCGGUCUGGCCAUCGAGAAGGAGGACAUUUCCAAGACGAUGGAUGACGAAGCUGCUGAUGAUGCCUUUGAGCUGUACUUGGCAGCAAUUGCCACGCUCAUGCACUCGUUGCCAAUUGAAACAUGCGACCCUUUGCGACGUGAGGCAUUCCAGUCCCAACUUCGAAGCUUCCUUGACGAGCACCAAUUCGAUGUGGUGACCACAACACCCUCCGCUGGGACUGUCCCCGCCGCCACCACAGCCACAAAGAAUAGCCCCGAUGCCGCCGAUGCCGCCGAUGCCAAGCAGCGCCGUCGUCUCCGUCGAAGACGUCAUCGAGAGUACCGCGAGCAGGCACGGUCAUUGAUCCAUCAAUACUCUACCGCACCGCCUGCUACAAGUGCAGCUGCCGCUACCAUGAUUGUCAACCCUAUCAGUAGUCGUCGGAGCAGCGCCCCAUCUUCACUUCCGACCCCGCAGUCUAUCCCUCUCGUGGCUCAACAAGCCUCUUCUGCAUCCUCCACAUCACCGUCGAGCCACCGUCGGAAACGCCGUCAUCACCGUCGCCGUGACGACAACCAACACCAUUCAAACGAUGCCCCCACGCUCGGCGACACCAUCAUCUCCACCGCCGUCGAAUCCGCGAUCCGGCUUAAACAAUCGCCCAUCCCGGACGUUCUCAAGACCUGCUUCCGCGCCUCGCGGGUGCUCUUCUCCAAGGUUGACGAGAAGUUCCACUUACAGGAAAAGGCCUGGCAGCUGUCGAAGCAGUCGAUCGAGAAGGCGAUUGAGCUCGACGAGCAGUAUGCGAUCCACGAGGUCGUCACCGAAACCUUCUUUGCUACCGUCACAGGGCUCGUCAAGGCCGGGAUCGCGUACAAGGAGACUCCCAGCUAUGAGUCCCUUAGAACUACUGCUUCCUCUGCGCCAUUGAUUGAACCCAAGUCUACCCAAGGAUCUGCUCUUCUCAUGGCCCUUCCGCCUUCUUCCGUUGCUUCUGGUAGUAACUUGCCCAGGUCUCAGAACCCACAAGCCAUCUUGCCCAAAAAAUCAGCGCCUCUGCUGUCAUUCCCCUGGCGGCGGUAUUCGGUGAUUGAGGAGGAGAAGGAGGAGAGCCGUAGCGACGGCGAGGACCAGAACGACGAUGAUGAGGAGGAUGAGGAAGAAGACGGCGCAGGUGAGGGUUACAGCUCUGAGGACUCGUCUUCCUCCUGCUUCACCACCUCCGAAGAUGGUGAGGAUGGUGACCAAGUUGGCGAGAGCGACAGCGACUCCAGCUAUCCUCCCCGUCGUCGUGGCAGUCUUCGUCGUCAUUCGAGUGCUGUCCCAUAUACAGACCAGGUCCGACAGCGCCUCGACAUGCUCAUUGCCCUCCGUGGGGUCGCCUCAUAUAUUGUCGGUGCCAAAUAA